AUGACUCACGAGUCCGUUUGGUACAGCCGGCCCCGCAAGUUCGGCAAGGGUUCCCGUGAAUGCCGUGUUUGCGCCCACCGCGCUGGUCUGAUCCGCAAGUACGGGAUGGACAUCUGCAGACAGUGCUUCCGUGAGAAGGCUCAGGACAUCGGUUUCUACAAGGUUGGUUCCCACAUACGCCGCAGAGUCGGAACACCAUGGCCAUGGUCAACCCGACGACACUCGGAGAACUGGUUGGCAGAAGAAAGAGCGGAUCACUAA